CAUUUCAAUCAUCAAGCAAACAGCAUUUUCGCUACUUAUUAAUUAGCCACAUUCAAUUGUUUGAAGUGCUAAUUAGUAACUUUGAACAAUGGCUAAGCUUGGUGCAUCAUCAGUUGCCCUUGUUCUUACAUUGAACAUUCUUUUCUUCACUAUGGUUAGUUCCACUAAUGUCCCAUGCCCACCACCCCCACACCCUAAACCCCACCCCAAGCCCCACCCUAUCCCUACACCCUCCACCCCCUCCACCCCAUCAUCAAAGGGUAAGUGCCCAAAGGACACACUAAAGCUAAAAGUGUGUGCCAAUUUGUUGAAUGACUUAUUGCACCUUGUUAUUGGAGGUAGCCCAGCCAAGACUGAAUGUUGCUCUCUAAUUGGAGGACUUGCUGACGUUGAUGCUGCUCUUUGCCUUUGCACUGCUAUUAAAGCCAAUGUGUUGGGAAUUAAUCUCAACGUUCCACUUUCUCUCAGCUUGUUGCUCAACAACUGUGGCAAAUAUGCCCCGAAGAACUUCCAAUGCGCAUAAUGCAAAUUUCCAAUUCAUAUUUAGUACUUUGUUUGAUGUGUUUGGUGUUUUGUAUGCUUGUACUACUACUAGUUGCGUUCUUUUCAUUGUAUCCAAUUUUCUCAAAAUAAAUGUUAUCUUUUGAAGUUUACAUGUAA